AUGGCCACGCAAGGCUAUAUCCAGGUCACAUUGAUCUGGGUGGUGUAUGCCAUUGCCGUUGCCCUUCUACUGGCAAUCGCCUCACUCUUCGUCUACCUCUACCAGACACAUCGAGACCGAUCAGCUGGGGUCACGACCGUCUGCAUCUUUACCAUUACCUGCCUUCUGGCGACGGUCCUACUACUGCCAGUCGACGUGGCUCUGGUUUCGUCGACGACGAGCUCGAAGAAUGGAUUACGCAAGGACUGGGCUACACAGGACAAGGUUGAUCAGAUCACCUACACCCUUGAGAUUGUGUACUACCUUUUGUACUCUCUUGACGCUGUUCUGUGCUUGUUGGUGGUUCCUUUCACUUACUUUUGGUACGAGGAGUACGACGAGGUCGCUGCGGAGGAGGGAUCUCAGACACUCGGAUCCCGCUUCUGGGGCGCUUUCAAGUACACUGCAGUGUUUGUCUUCUUAUGCGUGGCACUUUUCCUGGUCGGCUUCUUCAUUCCGGUUGCAAAGCACAGAGAGGGCGCCCACUUCGACCUGGAUUUCUUCAAACGUCUACUGGCUGAGAACCAUGGCGAGCGAGCUUUGACCUUCGCGCUGGGUCUGCUCAUCACUAUCGGCGUCUUGAUCUAUUGCUUCUACACAGCGGCCGGCUUGGCUCUACUUCCGCUGACUCUGAUCAAAUCGGCACCAAGUAUUUCUGCUCCGGCGCUGAACGAAUCUACAACGGCACAACUUGAGAGCAACCUUGAGCGACAGAGGCAACUUGAGGGCCGUGCUCAGGGCUCUAAUGGCCUGUCUGCCAAGGACCAGCGUGAGCUUGAUGCGCUAGUCCGUGAAGAACGAACCUUGAGGCGUCAUCAGCGAAUGGCGGAAGAGAACACCGGUGAAGGGCAGAAUUUCUUCUGGAAGAUCUGGCUCAAGCUCGGAGCUAUCCUCCGCCCUAUCAAGCUUAUUCUAGGACUCUUGCUUGUCAUCAUCGUCUUGUUGAUCUUCGCCAGCAUGCUCAUCACCGGCGUGGACAAAGCUAAGAACUCUGUGUGUUCCAAGCAUUGUGGCUACCUAUUGGGCCACAUCAACAUCUUCCAGCCGACAAACUGGGUGCUGGUCAAGACUGCCAAGGUCUUCCCGAUCGACUAUGUCAUCUUCAUGUUCAUCACGCUAUUGUUCUUCAGCGCAAGUGUCGUUGGCAUUGCCACGAUCGGUAUCCGACUGCUGUGGAUCACAAUAUUCCGCAUUCGAAAAGCCCAUACUUCACCACAGGCACUGUUGAUUGCCACUGUAAUGCUUACGUUGAUGACAUUGGGCAGUAACUACGCCAUUGCCAUGCUUGUUGCACCACAGUAUGCUACAUUUGGUCCGCAGACCUUCUGUGAUCACCCACUCAGACACCCCGGCGAGCAGCCUGAUUGCACAAACCACAGACAACACAUUAUACCGUGCACGGAGUCUACCGACAAUCCAUCGGCCAAGAAUGUUUGCACACCAUCGGUGGCCUCGACUUUCCUGAACCGAGUCACGGUGAACUUCCCGUUCUUCGGCGUGAUCGACUUCUGGGCUCAAUUUGCCUUCUUGGGCAUUUUCCUCCUUGCCUUCGUCUUGUUGUUGUUCAGAACACCGAAGUUGUCCGACCCCGACGCCGACGAAGACGCAAUCGAGGAGGAGGAAGAAGGACUACUAGCCAGUACGGGCAGGCGAUUUGGCGCUACCUGGCAGGAUAUCACCGGCCGCGUGAGUCAUGACAGAUAG